UUUCAAACACUCCUCUCUCUCUCUCUAAAUUGCGCAUAUACGUACAGAUUCUAUAUAUCGAUCAAAAUUAGCAAUUUGGCAUCCGUUUUCUCCAUUGUCAUCGGAAGGAGUUUUCAAUUCGAUGAUGACUGUGGGAGUGGAUUCGUCGGAGGCCGGUAGGGUGGCCGGAGUCGCAAUGGAGUUUCCGGCGACCGACGAUACGGCGUCGCCGCCGCGGAUUCCCCCGAGGCUCCAGAGGAGGCUAUCAGAGAGCAAGACGUCUUCUCCGUCCACCGUCGAAGAAAUCGAAGCCAAGCUUAGAGACGCUGAUCUUCGUAGACAGAAAUUCUAUGAGGACUUGUCAAAUAAGGCUCGUCCAAAGCCAAGACACUCUUCUUCUCAUGAAGACGACCUUGCUCAGCGCCUUGAGGCAAAGCUCCAAGCUGCUGAGCAAAAAAGGUUGAGCAUUCUGGCAAAGUCUCAGAUGCGCCUUUCUAAGUUGGAUGAGUUGCGUCAAGCUGCUAAAACUGGGUUAGAAAUGCGUUUUAAGAAGGAAUGUGCAGAGCUAGGUACAAAAGUGGAGUCACAGGUUUAGCAGGCAGAGGAAAAUAGAAUGCUUAUUCUCAAGGCUCGCAGGCAACAGAGGGCCACGAUAAAGGAGAGGGCAUCUCAAUCAUUAUUACGAAGGAUGGCUCGAGAAAACAAGUAUAAGGAGUGUGUGCGUGCUGCAAUUUUGCAAAAGCGUGCAGCUGCUGAGAAGAAGCGAUUAGGAUUGCUGGAGAAGAAGAGGGCACGUGCUAGGAUGCUGCAAGCACGAAAGGUUGCCAAGGCUGUAUCUCACCAGCGAGAGAUUGAAAGGAGAAAAAUGAAAGACAAGUUGGAAGACAGACUGCAAAGGGCAAAGAGAAAGAGAGCAGAAUAUUUAAGUCAGAGAGGAAGGCUGCACAACUCUGAUCGUGUUAAUUGGAAUAAGAUGCACAAGGAGGCCGAACUCCUCCCCCAAAAGUUAGCAAGGUGCUGGAGACAGUUCCUUAAGCUGAACAAAACUACCUUGGAUUUGGCAAAAGCUUAUAAUGCUUUAAACAUUAAUGACAAAUGUGUGAAAUCGAUGCCAUUUGAGAAGCUUGCACUUCUGAUUGAAUCACCGGCUACCCUUCAGACUGUAAAAGCUUUACUUGACCGUCUUGAGAACCGAUAUAAACUGUCAAAGCCUGUUUUCGUUACCUCUAAUCCUUCCAGUUGGGGUGACAUUGAUCAUCUUCUUAAUCGAGUUGCUUCCCCAAACAAGAAGGGUACACCCACGAAAUCUACCCAUGGCAAAGAUGUCAAGAGACGAGGGUCCAUUGGAGAAGCUUCCAAGAGGAGUCCUGUGAAAUUAUCUAGGUACCAAGUGAGAAUUGUGUUAUGCGCUUACAUGAUACUGGGCCAUCCGGUUGCAGUUUUCAGUGAUCAAGGAGAACGUGAAAUUGAUCUGGCUAAGUCUGCUGAAAAGUUUGUUCAGGAGUUUGAGUUGUUAAUGAAGAUAAUACUAGAUGGGCCCAUACAGAGUUCAAAUGAAGAGUCUGAUCAUGCACUGGCUAGACGUUGGACCUUCAGGCCUCAGCUUGCAGCUUUUGAUGCUGCAUGGUGCUCGUACUUAAACAGCUUUGUUAUGUGGAAGGUUAAUGAUGCCGAGUCCUUGGAGGAGGAUUUGGUGAGAGCUGCCUGUCAGCUUGAGCUCUCUAUGAUUCAGACUUGCAAGAUGACUCCUGAUGGAGACAGUGGUGCUGUUACUCAUGACAUGAAAGCUAUUCAGAAACAGGUCACAGAAGAUCAGAAGCUUUUGAGGGAGAGAGUGCAUCAUCUCAGUGGUGAUGCUGGGAUUGAACGUAUGGAACUUGCUCUUUCUGACACAAGAAUGAAUUACUUUCAUGCAAAGGAAAGCGGAAGUCCAGUAGGGUCCCCAAUCAUGGAUGUUCUAUCUCCAAGCCCAUUUAGUUCCCCAGCUCACCCCUCUGUUGCUAAUUCAGAUCAAAGAGGUAAUAUGAUUGAGGGUAAUCAAAGGGCAAGCCCAGUGGUUCGCUCUUUAUUUAGAGAUGCCUCUCUUCCUCCCAAAGAAGUUGGUUCAUCUGCUUCUAGCAGCAAUUCAGGCAGUCAGUUCCAAAAUUCUGGUGAGAAGUCAGCGAUGGAGAAUGAAUUGAUUGUGAAUGAAGUUCUUCAUGAACAGCAUCAGACAUUUGCAGGUAGUUUGAAUGUCACUGCUGAAGACCAAAGCAGCAUGAAGUCAAAGGUAAAAGAGACAAUGGAGAAGGCUUUCUGGGAUGGCAUCACAGAUACUAUGAAACAGGAUGAGCCUAGAUAUGACCAAGUUGUUGAACUAAUGAGGGAGGUGAGGGAUGAAAUCUGUGAUAUGGCUCCGCAGAGCUGGAAAGGAGAGAUUUUUGAAGCUAUUGAUCUGGACGUUCUUUCUCAGGUGCUGAAUUCAGGCAAGCUAGACAUGGAUUAUCUCGGAAACAUUCUGGAAUUUGCAUUGAACACUUUGCAAAAGCUUUCUGCUUCAGCUAAUGAGGGUGAGCUGAAGGUUGUUCACCAGAAAUUGCUGAAAGAACUAGUUGAGAUAUGUCAGGCUGGAGAUGGGUCAAACCAUUCAUAUGUCAUUGCAUUGAUCAAGGGCCUGCGCUUUGUCCUGGAGCAAACACAGGCACUCAAGCAAGAAAUCAGCAAAGCACGUAUAAAAAUUAUGGAACCACUUCUAAGGGGGCCUGCCGGUUUGGAUUACCUGAAAAAUGCUUUUGCCAACCGUUAUGGACCUCCCUCUGAUGCCUCGACUGCUCUACCUCUGACAAUGAGAUGGCUUUCAUCAGUGUGGGAUAGCAUAGAUCGGGAAUGGCUUGAACACACAAAUGCACUCUCGGAGUUAACAAGGAGCCAAGAAAGUUCGUCUCAGAGGCUUCUUCCCUCCACCACACUCAGAACCGGUGGAAGCAUAUUCAGAAUGAGUGGUGCCAGCAAUAUUGCUUCAAAUGCAACAGGAUCGGAUAAUAAACAUCCAGAAUGCAAGGGAGAAAAGGUUGAUUUGUUAGUGAGGCUUGGGUUGUUGAAGUUAGCAAAUGAGGUAUCUAGUCUUACACAAGAAGCUUUGCCUGAAACUCUGAAGCUCAACCUUGCUAGGCUAAUGGCUGUUCAGGCCCAACUUCAAAAGAUCAUUGUGAUUUCCACAAGUAUUCUUGUUCUGCGGCAAAGUCUUCUCAGUGAACAAAUGGUAUGCAACUCAGCAGACAUGGAAAUCAUAGUGUCGAGCUGCGUUAAACAGCUUUCCGACCAUCUGGACUCUGUCGAGGAUGCAGGCAUCAAAGAAAUCAUCGAAAUACUUGGAACAUUUGCAGAAGGUGAUGACUCUGGUGAUUCCACAAAGCUUCAAUCACGGAAGAAUGUUAUGGCAAGGCUGUUAACAAAAAGCUUGCAAGCUGACGACCCAAUUUUCAUUCGGGUGUCCCGUGCAGUUUAUUUGGCUGCAAGGGGAAUCAUGCUCGGGGGAAGUGGGACUCACGGAAGAGAAUUGGCAGAAAUAGCACUCCGCCAGGUAGGGGCAGCCGUGCUACUCGAUAGAGUUGUGGAAGCUGCAAGAGUGUUGUUGGUAGCAUCUACUGUGUCGUGUGGUGUUCAUGGUCCAUGGUAUGCACAUUUGAUUGAGAAGAUGUGAUGGUAUGCACAUUUGAUUAUAAUCCUAAUAUUUCUAGAUCCUCUUUGAACACAUAACUAGUACUGAUUAUGAUCUUCUGUAUGAAUUGAACAGGCACAUGUGUCUGUCUAUAUAUGAAAAACUGUUAUUGGUGGUUGUACUGUACUGUUAUUGCAUAGGCGUAGACUAUUGGGUAUGAAAUAAAAUGCAAAUAGUAUUUUAAACUGA